AUGGAGCGCACUCAAGCAAUGGAACGAGAAAAUGCAUCGUUCAUGGAGGAAAAUGCUGCGCUGAAGGCCCAACUUGAGUCAUUGAUUGCUUCAAUAACUAGUCGAGGAAGAUUCCAAGUUUCAAUUGGUCCAAUGCAAUCACUUGACACAACCCCAAUAGGAGGAUCAAGCCAAGUGACCGGACAACCAUCAGCAUUGGGAGCAACUACUGUCGCGUUUGCUAGUAGCAGGUUACUGGAGAAGCUAUUAGAUGACCUCUAUAGAAUCAGGCAGAGAAGGGAUGAAUCUUUAAGAGAUUAUGUAGCAAGGUUCAAUGCUGAGAAGGUGUCAAUUACGGCAUGCAACGUGGACACAGUCGUCACAGCCUUCCGAAAAGGCCUUUUGGUAGAAUCUGACCUUUAUAAAGAGCUAACUAAAUAUCCUUGCAGGACAAUGGAGGAUGUUCAUGCCAAAGCAUGGGCUCCAAUAAAAUGGGAGGAAGACGAGUCUAACAGAAAAUCGAUCUCCAACUACUCAAAUUCUCGUGAGAGUCGGGGUCCGAAACGAGUAGAGCGCAAGUCAUCUUAUCAUGUUGAACCUUAUCCAACCAACAGAUCCAGACCAUUUCAAGGUGGUGGAAGAGCUCCACCACAACGAUCUCGUGAUUAUCAAGAGAGAGGACAAUCAUCCCAAAGACUUAGAAGCUACCAAGACAAAGCACCAAUUCCGGAAUAUACUCUGACUAUAGACCCUGUUGAAGUGGUUGCUGUGAUGAACGGCAUAGGAAAUAAAGUCAAGUGGCCUGGAAAGAUUCAAAAUCCAGAAGCUCUGAAAGAUAUGACUAAAUGGUGUGAAUUUCAUAGCGAUCACGGACACACCAUAGCUGAAUGCAAAGCAACCAUAGCAGAAUGGGACAACAGACAAGAAAAUCCACCUGAACCCCCUCAAAAUGCAAGGACCGUAAAUGUGAUUUCAGGAGGAUCGGAAGUUAGUGGUAUUACGUAUUCAGCAGCUAAACGUCAUGCACGUGAACUCAUCAACAACCAAGGAAAGCCUAGAAAGCCAGAGACAGUCGCUGGACAAACCAUCAGCUUUGUCAAUAACGAAACCACAGAUUUGCUUCACCCUCAUCAUGAUGCUUUAGUCAUUUCAUAUAUAUUGCAAAUUGUUUCAUUAAAUGUGGACAUGAAAGUGGAUGAGUCAACAAUCAUCCAAAAAUCUACAGUCCUAAUCGGGUUCAGUGGUGAGCAAAAGCACUCGAUUGGAGAAAUCAACCUGCAUGUUUGGGCAGAAGGAGUAAACCUCCAGACCAAGUUCAUUGUUGUUGAUUGCCCUUCUUCAUACAAUGCCAUCCUUGGCCGACCAUGGAUCCAUGAGAUGAAAGUUGUGCCAUCCACAUACCACUAA